AUGGACAUAUAUAUUGAAGAUCCUUCUUACACAUUGUACCAGCAAAAGCUUGCUCAAUACCGUGCAGAUCCUCGUGACUCGUAUUACUCGCACAAGCUUACUAAAUACCUUGUUGAGAUUCGAAAGGGAGCUACUGAUGUUUCAGAUCCUAUGGAUAUCAAAAUCCUUCAUGCGCCUCCUGAUGUCAGAGUAUCAACUAUUGCUGACAGGGUAGCAAGUCUGGUUGCCAAGUACGGAUGGGAGUUUGAGUUGAUGGUCAUGGCAUCUAAUACAAAUGAUGCAAGAUUCAAGUUUUUGUCGAUCUCAACAUCAGAUCACGGUCACUCAUAUUACCAGAAAAGGCUUGGUCACUACUGUUUUCUUGAUCAUGAUAGAGUUCCUGAUUUUGAGCCUUGUCCUCAGUCUCAAUCCAGGGUUCAGUCUCAAAGACUCGUUCUGCCUAAUCAUCUAAACUGCAGACUUCUUCAAGGGAUGACCCUCAGGGAGCUUGAUACUGUUAAGGUCACAGCGCAGUUUGUGGCAUGGUAUGGUGAUAUUUUUUGUGGGGAACUGAUAGAAAGAGUGCUGGUGAAUCCAACUGAUGACAGGUUCAAAUUUAUGAAUCCGACUGAUUACAGGUUCGCUUUUUUCAACGAGUUUGAGCAACAAUGGCUUGCGGGAGGGGAAGAGGCUAUGAUGAAUUGGCAUGCUUCCGUGUCCAGAGAUUUUGUCAACAAGGAGGAGGGUCAGGAAUUGCAACCACCACAUAUCCCUGGAAUGUCUCCUCCUGCUCCACGGGAGAGACAGAAGUUGGACGAGUCAUCCCUUGCUCCAGAAGACCAGUUUCUUGAGCAACAUCUGGGUUUGUCUACAAUCAGAGUGAUUUGUGCUCUUGAUGGACAAGUAAUUAAGAUCAAAGUCAACUCAUUGUCUGAAAACAUAGCAAGUUUGAAGGAGAAAAUAGCUGAGGUGGUCCAAGUUCCAGCAAGCAAACAGAGUUUAAGUGGAACAGCCGGAAUUAUAGAGGACAAUAAUAGGUCACUUGCUUAUUACAAUGUGAGACCUGGAGAGAUCCUAAUACUGGACGUGGUGUGACUUGGGACUUGGGAGAUAAAGAGAUGGAACAAGGCUUUCGUAGGUUAGAAGAAGGAUUUAUUUACUAACUUAAGUUAUGUUUUGGAUAUUUGCAGCUACUUGUUCUGUCUGUAAUCUUACAAUAUCCGUGAUUCUCUUUUAUGUUUAGCUACUAGGAUUGCUCC